UGAAACCCAAUCCUCAAGACCAGUUCCAGCACUGAAAAAAAUAGUGAAUAAAGAGGGGGCAGAUUCCGAAGCUUCGGGUCGCCCUCGCUGUCCAGCCACGGCAGCUUCCUCCCGCUUUCCCACGACGACACCGAGACGCAAGCGGAAGCGCAAACUGGAGGAGGUCAGGGAGGACUAUAUCCAUCCCUGCAUGCAGCCGCGGCACGACGACGAGACGACUACUACUGCUGCUACUGCUACUAGGACAACAGUUAAGUAGAGAUGAUAGCAAGCAUGGAGUACGGAGGUGAUCAUGUGGCCAUGGCCCCGCUGUGGAAGAUCGUCGUGGUCGCGUCCAUCGCGGCCGGCGUCCAGUUCGGGUGGGCGCUGCAGCUCUCCCUGCUGACCCCGUACGUGCAGCAGCUCGGCGUCCCGCACAUGUGGGCGUCCUUCAUCUGGCUUUGCGGCCCCAUCUCCGGCCUCCUGGUGCAGCCCAUCGUCGGCUACUUCAGCGACCGCACCAAGAAUCGCUUGGGUCGCCGCCGCCCCUUCAUCAUUACCGGCGCCCUCUUCGUCGCCACAUCAGUCAUCCUCAUCGGCUUCGCUGCUGAUCUUGGCUACAAGGGCGGCGACAGGCUGGACCAGGAAAUGAAGCCCCGCGCGGUCGCCAUCUUCGUAAUCGGCUUCUGGAUCCUCGACGUCGCCAACAACAUGCUCCAGGGCCCCUGCCGGGCCCUCCUGGCCGACCUCUCCGCCAACGACCACAGGCGCAUGCGCAUUGCCAACGCCUUCUACUCCUUCUUCAUGGCCGUCGGGAACGUCCUCGGCUACGCCGUGGGCUCCAUCGACAACCUCUACAAGAUGCUGCCCUUCACCGCCACGGUCGCCUGCGACACCUACUGCGCCAACCUCAAGACCUGCUUCCUCAUCGACAUCGUCUUCCUCGCGGUGGUGACUAUCGGCGUGGUCGCGACGGUCAAAGAGGUCAUUCACCCGUCGCCCAAGGAGCUGGCCAACGGCGAUCCCGAGCCAAUGACGCCGUUCAGCAGCGAGGUGACCUCGGCGUUCAAGAACCUGUCCAGACCAAUGUGGCUGCUCUACCUCGUGACCGCCCUCAAUUGGGUCGCAUGGUUCCCCUUCAUCCUCUACGACACCGACUGGGUGGGCCUCGAGGUGUACGGCGGGAAGGCGAAGGGGACUCCCGCGGAGAAGCGGCUCUACGACCUCGGUGUUCACACCGGCUCCUUAGGCUUGAUGCUCAACUCGGUGGUCCUCGGUUUCGCCUCUCUAGUGGUCGAGCCCAUGGGGAAGGUGGUGGGCGGCGUCAAGAGGUAUUGGGCCAUUGUAAACUUCAUGCUUGCAAUCGGCUUGGCCGGCACCAUCCCCGUCACGAAGAUGGCCAAGGCGUACCGCGCAGUCCACGGCCUGGUCCCGCCCCCAACCAACGUCAAGGGCGGCGCUCUCGGCAUCUUCUCCGCCCUCGGUAUCCCACUCUCGGUCACAUACAGUAUUCCAUUCGCUUUGGCAUCAAUCUACUCAUCCAGUGCUGGCGCUGGCCAAGGGCUUUCGUUGGGCGUUCUCAAUAUGGCCAUCGUCAUCCCGCAGAUGAUCGUGUCCGUGGUGAGUGGGAAGCUCGACGACGCAUUAGGGGGAGGGAACCUACCGGCGUUCGUCAUGGGCGCCAUCGCGGCCAUCGUGAGCGCCCUCAUGGCCCUAUUCGUGCUCCCGAACCCUCCCUCACAAGCUUCCAUGCCCGCUCUCAUGGCCGGCGGUGGACAUUGAUCAAACACCGAUGCGACUUUUUGACGUACCUUUCAAGCGCAGAAUUUGUCCUGUUGUAGCCCCUGAAGUUGCUACUUUAAGGUUGGCGGCGACAUCAAACUUUCUGAAGAUAAAAAAACGGGAUGAUCUCGUCAUCCUGUUCAGCCUUAUUAUCCUCUUGAGAGAUCCACGUCAUCCUUCGCACUGGUCGGUCUUCCACCUGCUCUCGCCAAAAGGCCAUUCCGCAACACGAAUGACGCCACAAGGAAUUGGGGUCGCAAGGCACUAGAUAGCAUUUUGUUUGUCUCUACAGCAGAAUAGUUCGCAUUUCACGCUUUUCUACAGAGGAAGCUGGUCUCCUCCCAAAGCCACCGCGGAACCUGUCGGUUCGCCAGGAGUAAACGCUGUUGUGAGCUCAGUCUCUGGUGGCGAUGGUAGCGAGGGCAAUAGGUUUUAGUCGCUGAUGAGAGUUUGCAGGAGAAGAAGUAGCGCAAGCGCGUUAAUCUCUUGUAAUCUCAAACUUAUAGAGGAAAAUAUAUAUUCCAUGUGAAAAUUGAUUGAAGUUCUUUUCGGUCU